AUGCUUUGUACGGUGUUUUCAAAUCGUGCCAUCACACGGUGCGAGAGUCAAGUUCCCCAUUCAGUUAAAGAUCUCCUAAUCAUUCCUCAUAAUAAUGAUAAGGCAAAAGAUCACUGCACGGCCAUCAUCGUUGGCGCGAAGACAUCAACUACAGGCGCCCCAAUGACAACGCAUACGAACGACUGUUCGUCCUGCGACUUUCGCAUCGCUAAAGUGCCGGCGCAGGAGCAUAAAGAUGGUGCGCUGCACGAGGUUGUGCUCGCGGCCUCUGGGUACCCUCGAUACGUGGGAAAAGCUCGUGGCAAGGUGUAUCUCCCCGAGAAUUUAGAUUCGCGAUUUUACAAUUGGACCACAUCGCCUUCCAUCGGUACCAUUCCCGAGAUAUCCCAUACAUUCGCCUACAUUGAAGGCCACUACGGUAUCCUUAAUGAGCAUCAGCUGGCUAUUGGCGAAAGUACAUGCCCUGCACGAUUCUGGACCAAGCCAGUCACGCAAGGAGGCCACGCACUAUUUGACGUUUCUGAACUCUCUCGCAUUGCAAUGCAACGGUCACGAACAGCCCGAGAGGCAAUCCAGCUGAUGGGAGACUUGGCGGUCCGAUACGGAUACUACGGUGCCGUUUGGGAAGGUGAGGACGUAUACGAUGAGGCUGGUGAAGCACUUACAGUGACAGAUACCAAAGAGGCGUGGAUGUUCCACAUUUUGCCAGACGACACGGGCAAGUCGGCAAUUUGGGCUGCCCAGCGAGUCUUGGACGACCAUAUCUGUGGCGUUGCUAAUCAAUUUGUUAUCCGCGAACUAGAUCUUAAUCGACCAUCAGAUUUUCUGGCUUCUCCUAAUGUACACGACGUGGCUAUCCGCAACAAUAUCUGGAAACCUGACCAGGAAGUACCCUUUGACUUUACUCGUGCUUAUGCUCAGCCUCGCAAAGCAACACAUCAGUAUUACUCAACGCGUCGUAUCUGGCGCUUGUUCACGCUAGCUGAUCCAGAACUAAAAUUGUCCCCAACUACUGAUGUGCUUGCAUCUGACUAUCCAUUCUCCGUCAAGCCUGCGUCUUCGUUAUCUCCGCGCGACAUUAUGCGCUUCCAGCGUGAUCAUUACGAAGGCACGGCAUUUGACAUGACGACAGGUCCUAAAAGCGGCCCGUACGGGGACCCAGACCGCUACGACCCGUCUCCGAACGGCGAUUUGACCAAAGAAGACAUUGAUCGAGGCCACUUUGAGCGGGCGAUCUCUAUUUUUCGCGCGAGCUACUCAUUUGUAUCCAUCUUGGACUCGGAGAACUCGGACAACGCAUUCCUCUGGUUUGGUCAAUGUGCGCCACACGCCACGACGUACACACCUGUGUUUGUGCAGUCCACCGACGUGCCUGAUCAACUGUCGCGUGGUUCACUGUAUGCAUUUGACCGCGAAUCGUCGUUCUGGGCUCAUGCACUGGUUGGAAAUUGGGCUGCGCGCUUCUACUCUUACGCUCAUCCAUUUGUUGCUCGCGUUCAGAACGAGGUAGAGAGUCAUGCUGAAGGCAUGCUUCGUAAUGUACUGCUCGAAGCUGCACAGCACAAGCAGAAAGGCGGUGUGCCAGCCAUGGCGAACUUUCUUACAAAGCAGAGCGAAAGCUUUGCACAACGAGCUCAUAAUGCCUCGUCAAAUCUAUUCGAGUACCUGGUUACAGCUUUUCACGAUGGUUACCAGGUCUCCAACUUUUACGCCAAACGGCUCACAGUUCAAUCGAUCUUCUAUCCAAAGUGGUGGCUACAACAAGUGGGAUUUUUCAAUGACUCUAACCAAACCAACGAAAGUGAACCAACCUCAACAAAGGUCGUAACUUCGGCUCCAGCAGAAGCGGACAGAGGAAAAGCGGCCACUGCUACAACUGAGAUUACUAAUGAGCCACAAAAGUGUUCCGUGUCGUACUUUACGACUACAAUCUUUGUGAUUCUCUCGGGUCUUGCUGGUCUUUUCCUUGGCCGCAAGUUCCACGGCCCGCUUACGACCAAGAAGCAAGGUUACCGCGUUGUGGAGUAG